AAUAAUAACUGUUCAUCGCAAUCGUCCGCAUCCAUAUCGCGAUGUUCUUCACGUAGCAGCUCAAUAGCAAGUUCGUCGGCCACCUAUAGCAGCUCUAUACCGUCGCUGGUUAGCUGCAGUAGUCGAUCAACUGCUGGUGCCACUGCUGCUGCAGCUGCAGCUUCACAACCAUCAUCAAAGAUGCUCAAAAUAAGACUGUUCAACAACAACAGUAGCACUAAAGAAAAAAAGGACCGGUCGAGAGCCUUAAACGCGGCAGGAGCAGCAAUACCACCUCCGGACGGGAAGAGUGGUACGAGUAGCAGUAGUGGUGCAACGACGACCAGUGGUGCUUCGUCAGCAUCAAAACAAUUACAACAGCAGCGUCCUACAACGAAUGGGCACUUUGCCAACAGUGGUGGUGGUAAUCCGGCGGGAACUGGGCAUAGUGCCAACAAAUCUUCCGGAUUGGCAAGACCAAAAAGUUCCGGAUUAAAAGCACCCGCCAAACUCGCGCAAACGUCCUCAUCGAAUAAGGUAAUAAUGAUAAUAAAUAGUAAUAAAUAA